AUGGCCACCUCUGAAGUGAUGAAACCAGAUUACGAUUACGAUACGAUUGAAGACACGAGUCGUGUGUCAGCCACACGAAGUCGACAAGAAAAACGUGUCAUAUCGGACGGUCAAACUGAACAUGUUGAGAUUGAAGAGCGUGAUCAGGAAGAGUAUUUCUACACAGAAACAACCAAUGAUCCCAGCUCACUCAAAAAACAUAAUUUCACCGAUGGUUCUGAGACAGUUUCCAUGAAUUUCACUAACGACGAUCGACUUCUCAAUAAUACGGUAUGCUUUUUCUGCUUUCAGCGUAUUUUUCCGCAUUCUUUUCGAACUACCAAUUUGCAUUGGAGUUGA